AUGUGGUUUUGGACAGGCUUGGGAAAGCUCCUCCUUCUGUGUUUUGGCUUUGAAGCCGUCUCUUCAUCGCUAUUUUCUUGCUCAAACGACCCACUGGAAUUGACGUUUCUUUUCGAUUUGACCCCAUCGGAUACAGCCGUUUUCGAACUGCAAAAGGAACGAGUCAGGGAUGUGAUACGCCACUUGGAAACCAGUGCGCCAACUCGUUCGAAAACCUUUUCCCUAAUCGCUUUUCAUCGGCGACCCGUCAGCUUUCUCGAGCUAGCUGACCGGGCAUCGGAAGAAACGAAUCGGUUCCUGGGUGAGUUGGCUUCACUCCAGUCCUCUUCACAAUUCCGCAACGAGACAUCGGUGGCGAGAGCACUGGAGGCAGCAGCGAAACAGUAUGCUAGGGACGGAAAGCCAGGAGCUCAGCGUUUGGCUUUCCUUGUUCAUGACGGAGUCAAUACGGAUCUCGUGUCUGACACAUUGGAAGCGGUGAAAGAGAUCCGGGAAAUGAAUGUCACCAUUUUUGCGCUGUCAGCCGGUGCUCGGCCGAAUGGAUUCGCUUUAGAGGGCUACACCGGGAAACGCUCUCGAGUCUACUCUCAUGACCGAGAUGCUUCAAACUUUGAAGAAGCUCUCGAUUUAGCCAUCGCCGCUUGUCCACUACAGUAUCCACAAUCGCUCAUUGAACACAUAUUACAGACUCGCCGCUUUGCCACUCGAGCCAUGGACGCACCAAGGAAACGAAUGCGAAAAUUCGCUCCGGAACAAGAGUGUUCAGGAGAUAAGGUGGACAUUCAAAUCGUUUUGGACACCUCCGGCUCAGUGCAUGCGGCUUUCGACGAAGAGCGGGCUUUCGCGCUGGAUUUGAUCAAACGUUUCGACAAAAAAGCUUUCGAGAAAAGGAUUCAGGUCUCCGUGAUCCGUUUCUCCUCCGAUGCGCAAAUUGUCGUCCCGUUCAGCAUUGGACAGUCAAAGGCAGAGAUUUUGAAGUCAAUUCAAUCCAUUCCAUUCACCGGCGAUUUGACAAAAAUCGCCACCGCUGUCGAGUUGGGAAUUGAGAACUUGGAACGACACCAAAGGAAUCGAGCUCAACAGCUUUUCAUCCUCAUCUCUGAUGGGCAUGGUCAAGAGUUUUGGAAUGUCGUGCAGGAGACCGGGAAAAAGCUGCAACAAGCCGAAUGGGAAGUGUUCUCGGUGACCGCCUCCCGGGACUACAACUUGGAAGAGCUAAAAUUGUACGCUGGCGAGGAUGCAAGAGUGUUUAUCGGCCCGAAAAGUGCCAGUUUCCUAUCGAUCGUCGGCAAUUUCAUCGAUCGCUGCAUCGCAAAGGACCAAGUUGAGGGAUCCGGAGAGGUUGAGGCGCUGACAACUGAAGAAACGCUGACAGUUGAAGCGAACUGUGACCUGGACGUGGUGCUGGUGGUGGAUCGAUCUCAGUCCGUUGAGAGUGAUUAUCAGAAAGAACUCAAAACUGCUCAAGAUGUCGUCGCUUUGGCCUCAAAUUCCGCGUUCAAUGAGGGAAAAGUUCGUGUCGGAGUGACGUCGUUCGCGAAUGAGGGUCAAGUCGAGUUGGGACUCUCGAAAAACACGCGAGAAAAUGUGACAGAGACGAUUGGGGAAAUUUUCCACACCGGUGGCACCACAUCGGCCGUUCGUGGCGUCAAUCAGGCGUUAAAGUUUCUCAUCCCGAACCGCAGAAAAACGGCAAAAUUACUCUUUUUGCUGAUCUCCGACGGGCAUAGUCAGGAUUUUUGGAGGGAUCUCGUCGCGACUUCGGAAGAAGUGCUUUCUCUUCCCAACAGUCUUUUCUUGGCGGCGACCAACUCCGAGCAUUACUCGUUGAGCGAAUUGGCGACCUGGACAUCGGAUGUGAAAAACGUUUACCACUCACGGCAAAUCCCGCAUUUUCUUGAGCGAAUCCGAGACGAGAUGAGAAAAUGUGGAGCCAGCAGUCGUAAAGCGGACCAACUGAUCGCCAAAGUCUCCUCGUUGAAGGAAAAAGUGAAACCAAAAGACAUCAUCGAAGUGGAGGGAAGCGGGGAAGGAUCGGGUGAAGAAGUGGAAGGAAGUGGACAAGGGAAAGAUAUCAUCACUGCUGAUGACGUCAUCGAAAGCAGCACAAAUGUCACCGAGGACGCGCCGUUGAGCGAUGACGGGCAUAAAGAAAAAACCCGUGGAAUUGACGGAAAUCUCAGUGAUAAGGAAACAAAAACGCUGACAAAAUCAUCUUUUGAUGGAAAAGGACCUUGUAAAGUGGAUUUAAUGUUUGUCAUUGACAUUUCUACAUCAGUUGAAGAGGAAUUCGAAGCACAACGGCAGUUCACAAUCGAUUUGGUGAAACGCCUUCCAAAAGAAGAUUUCGAGUCACGGAUUCAUGUCGGAGUGAUCACUUUCAAUCAUUGGACGAAAGUCGUGCAGCCGAUGGAUAAACUGAGCUCCAGGCAUGUACAGGCAUACUGUAACUUGGGACAAUCAAUCCUCUCCCUUCUCUCCAACAUCACAAAUGAAGGUGGAGCCACAGCAGUAGCUCAGGGAAUGUCCCUAGCCGCACAAGAAGUGCAAAGAACGAGAAGGAGUGAUGCUAGACAAAUGAUCGUUUUGGUUUCCGAUGGGAACAGCAAGGAUUUGUGGAGAGAUGUGAUUUCCACCUCUCGACAAGUGAAAGCUUUGGCUGCUGACGUUUACGCGAUCACUGUGCAUCGGAAUUAUCUAUUCAGCGAGCUCGAAAUGUACGCGACGAACAUCGGCUACGUCUAUGUGAACGGCCGAAUUGAGCAAUUUUUAGACCAAACCGAGCGAGCGCUCCGGAGAUGCGUUGGUCCAAAUUUACAGAAGCAA